CCCUGCCUGCUCUCACAGUUGUCGCCCUGUGUUCCUGAGAAGCUUUUCAAAGUAGCAUGUGCUACUUCAGAAAACAGGAAUGGUGUCUGGUCCUGGAACUGCUCCUCCUGCCUGUGAUAUCGGGACUUCAAGAUCAUUCAGAACUAGAGAUAAAUGCUAAAACCGGCAGCAACAUAACCCUACAAGUCUUCAAGAAACCACUUGGAACCUACAAACACAUUACCUGGCUUUAUACUACCAAACAGAAGAUUUUAGAAUAUGAGUAUAACAAUACAGAGGUGACCUAUGCUGGAUAUCGGGGCAGGGUCAACCUUGACUAUACAACUGGUGCACUUCAAAUCUACAAUAUCCGGAAAGAAGACGAAGGUGACUACUACAUGAGAGUGUUGAAGAAAAUUGAAGAAGAAUACAAGAAAAUCUUGAAUGUAUUUGAUCCUGUGUCCCAGCCUACCAUAAAAAUGGAGAAGACUGAAAAUUUGCCUGACUCAUGUCACCUGAUACUAUCCUGCAAGGGAGAGCAACAGAAUGUUAAAUAUACUUGGUUUGACAACUCGGGGCUUCUUCCCCAAAAUGGAGAAGGAGCUGUGCUGGAAAGAAUCAUCACUCCACAGAACAAGUCUACAUUUUAUACGUGUCAAGUCAGCAACCCUGUAAGCAGGAAAAAUGACACCGUGUACUUCAUUCCACCUUGUACUCUGGCCAGAUCCUCUGGAGUACGUUGGAUCGCAACUUUGCUGGUGGUCAUAGCACCCAUCAUUCAUACCUUCCUGUUGACCUGAGAUGAACUCUUCUCACUUGAGAAUGAAACUUCGAGGCCACUGGAUCCUGCCUUUAUCAUCUGGAAAGCAGCUCUGACUCUAUGGGACAGAAGAAAUUGUGUUGUUGGACAUUUGUGAUGGUUUGCAUUUUCUUACCAUCCCAGAGUUAAGUGCAGGGCCUCUGCAUGCUCCAAAAAUGCUGGGCCACUGACCUAUGUGCCAAUCCCUUUACAAAGAUUUUAUAGUAACCUUUUAAAAGUGGUGGUUAAUAUCUAAUUUUAUAUACUCUAUUUGUUUUCCAACAGUCAUUAAAGAUAAAUUCGUUAUUUUCACCAAAAUAAAUAACUACAUUAUG